GGACGUGACCCCCCCCAGCCUCAGCUCCCCCGCGGGGCAGCGAGCACCAGUCCUCCAGGCGCCAGAGCGGCGCCCGCCGCCCCUCUCCCGGCUGUUCUCUAUGGUGUGGACGUAGUUCCGUGUGCGGGGCCGGUGAUGGCGGGGCCGGCGGUCGGGGAGGAGUCGUUCAGCCCCUCGGUGCUGGGCACCAGAGAGCACUGGGAUGCUGCCUAUGACAGAGAGCUGCAGACUUUUCAAGACACCGGAGAUGCUGGGGAAGUUUGGUUUGGAGAAGAAAGCAUGGCUCGCAUCAUCAGAUGGCUGGAAAAGCAAAAGGUCCCCCUUGAUAGCCCUGUGCUUGACAUCGGAACUGGGAACGGUGUUUUACUGAUUGAAUUGGCAAAGAAUGGCUUCAUGAACCUCACAGGGAUUGAUUACUCUCCUUCUGCAAUACAGCUGUCAGAAAAAAUAAGAGAGAAGGAAGGGAUGUCCAGCAUUAAAUUAAAGGUAGAAGACUUCCUGGCUCCAUCAGCUGAGCUGUCAGGAUUUGAGAUCUGUAUUGACAAGGGGACUUUUGAUGCCAUAAGCCUCAAUCCUGAUAACGCGGUGGCAAAGAGGAAGCAGUACGUGAGAUCCCUCUGCAGUGUGUUGAAACCAGAGGGCUUCUUCCUCAUAACAUCUUGCAACUGGACCAAGGAGGAGCUGUUGAAUGAGUUCAGAGAAGGAUUUGAGGUUCUGGAGGAGCUGCCAACACCCAAGUUUUGCUUUGGAGGAAGAAUUGGGAACAGUGUAACAGCAUUGGUUUUCCAAAGGAAAAAAAAGAGGCCAUCCAUCCUGGACAAAUGAGAUGAGAAAAGCCUGAACUUUAAACCUGACAGAAAACCUCAGGCGUGUAUGUAAAUAAAUGCUCUUUGAAUACACAGUAAAA